CAAAAUAUACAACGCUUGAUACACACGUGUCUUUCGUGUAAUCAGAGUCAGUAGUCAGUAGUCAGUUUGGAGUAGCUAUCGCACGUGCGUAUACUAUUUGAGGUUAAGAUUGAUUAUUUGACAAACAUUAGUGCUAUAAUUUGUAUAUUUUCAUGCAAGAAAUGCAAAACAAAGUCUGAUUUCUUAAAUUCGAAGAUACUUAUCGAUAUCCCAGCGUUAACGUCUCACAAAUGUACUGUGAAAUGAAUGCUCGUACUUUAUUAAGAUUAUGUUCCGCUAUCAAUCGCGUUGAUUUUGAUAAGACACGUAGAUUUUACUGUAGCAAGAAUAUAUUAAAGCUUCACGAAAGAGGCAUGUACGAAGAUAUAUUUCCCAAUACCAGAAUAAAAUAUUAGAUUUAUUAAACAAGUCACCACAAUGCGUCUAUGCUGGCUUUGAUCCAACGGCAGACAGUUUACACAUUGGUAAUUUACUCAUUCUAAUGAAUCUCUUGCACUGGCAAAGAGCGGGGCAUCAAGUUAUAGCCCUGGUAGGAGGAGCUACUGGUUUAAUAGGCGAUCCUAGUCACAGAAAGAAAGAACGGGUUGAGAUGGAAGAAUUUCUAAUUAAGGAGAAUUUGAAAUCUAUUACAAAGAAUAUAGAGAUUAUAUUUAAUAAUCAUCAGAUUUAUUUUUGGAAAAACAAGCAAAAGAAUCUGAAACCGCUGAUCAUAGUAAAUAAUUUGGACUGGUAUACAAAUUUAAACGUCAUCGAGUUUGUCAGAAGCAUCGGGAAAUAUUUUAGAAUGGGCACAAUGCUGGGCAGGUCCUCUGUCCAGUCGCGAUUAAAUUCUGAGACGGGGAUGAGUUUCACUGAAUUCACUUAUCAAGUAUUCCAAGCGUACGAUUGGUUUCAGUUGAUGAAGAAAUAUAAUUGUCGCUUCCAAAUCGGCGGAAGUGAUCAAAUGGGUAAUAUUAUGUCUGGAUAUGAUUUGAUCACGAAAACCGGAAAAGCAGAGGUUUACGGUAUAACGUUACCGCUCAUAACAGCCGAAGGUGGAAAGAAAUUUGGGAAAUCUCUUUUGAACGCAGUAUGGUUGUCUUCAACAAAAUCUUCGAGCUUUCAGUUGUAUCAGUAUUUUAUUAGGACUAAAGAUUCUGACAUUGAAAAGUUCUUAAAAUUGUUUACAUUUAUACCAUUAAAUAAAAUUACUGAGAUUGUGACUGAUCAUAUGAAAAAUCCAGAAGAUAGAAGAGCACAAAAAUUAUUGGCAGAGCAAGUUACACUCUUAGUACAUGGAGAGGAUGGAUUAUUGGCUGCAAAGCGCGCAUCUGCAGCGUUGUAUGAUCAAUCGAUCGAAUCUUUUGUGAAAAUGAAUGCAUCGGAAUUGGCAGAUGUGUUUGAAUACGCAACCAUAGUGGAUAUCUUGUCCGAACCGGGACUCACUGUAUACGAACUAGCAAAGAAAGCAAAAUGUUUCAAGACCGAUCAUGAUGCGCAACGGAUUAUAGAGGCAGGCGGAUUCUAUGUAAAUCAUCAAAGAAUCACUAAUUUAAAUGAAGUGGUUGUACCUGGCAUCCAUAUACUAAGUAAUAAUCUAUCGUUACUUAGAGUUGGCAAAAAAACGUAUCAUAUAAUCCGAUGGCAAUGAUGAUAUUACAAAAGAUGCAUAUGUACAAAUGUAUAAUAAAUAGAAUACUUUAGUAUUUAAAA